AUGUCAAUCCCACUAGAAACUACCAUCACUCUGCCCAACGGCAAAACAUACGUCCAGCCUACUGGACUCUUCAUCAACAACGAGUUCGUGGCUUCCAUCGACAAGGAAACGCUGGUUUCGGUGAAUCCCGCUACAGGAGAGGAUAUCGCCACCGUUUAUGCCGCCUCUGAGAAAGACGUCGAUGCUGCCGUCAAGGCUGGCCGUGAAUGCUUCGAGAAUGUGUGGAGCUCCGUGAGCGGCACUGAAAAGGGCAAGCUGAUGCUCAAGCUGGUUGCUCUGAUGGAGAAGCACGCGGAACUUCUUUCGGAUGUGGAGGCAAUGGAUUCUGGAAAACCACGCUUCACCAAUGCCAUCUACGAUAUCAACCACUGUAUCGAUGUCGUGAGAUACUACGCAGGAUGGUGUGACAAAUCACACGGAAAGCAGAUUCCUGCGACUGAAGACAAGUUGAUCUACACGAUCCACGAACCAUAUGGAGUGUGCGGUCAGAUUAUUCCUUGGAAUUAUCCUUUGGCCAUGGCCAUCUGGAAGAUUGCUCCUGCCAUUGCCUCGGGUAACGUGGUGGUGAUGAAGUCGUCUGAAAACACUCCUCUGUCGUUGUACAUGCUGUGUAAUCUCGUCAAAGAGGCAGGGUUCCCUCCCGGAGUGAUCAACGUGAUUACUGGUCUGGGCCGUGUUUGUGGCUCGGCUUUGGCAAGUCACUUGGACGUUGACAAAGUCUCAUUCACCGGUUCUACUUUGGUGGGACAGACCAUCCAGAAACUGGCCUCUGCCAACCUGAAGGCUGUCACGAUGGAAUGCGGAGGAAAAUCCGCCCUUGUUGUUUUCGACGAUGCCAGACUGGACCAGGCCGUCAAAUGGGCUGCCUUUGGAAUCAUGUAUAACAUGGGCCAGAUUUGUACUGCAGCAUCUCGUGUUUACGUUCAUUCUUCCAUCUACGACGAGUUCGUAUCCAAGCUCAAGGCUCACGUUGAAGAGAUCUACCUACAGGGUGACCCCUUUGCUGAAAACACUCAGGUUGGUCCUCAAGUCUCAAAGGUGCAGCAACAGCGUGUUUUGGGCUACAUUGAAUCUGGAAAGGCCGAGGGUGCUACUCUGGUCACCGGUGGUGGUGUGCCCAAGGGCUUCAAUGAGAAGAGUUGUUUCGUCCAACCAACGAUCUUUGCUGAUGUUACUCAAUCCAUGAAGAUUGUUCAGGAAGAGAUCUUUGGACCGGUUGUGGUGGUUUCCAAGUUCGAGACUGAGGCAGAUGCUCUUCGUCUUGCUAAUGAUUCCAGCUAUGGUCUGGGAGCUUAUGUCUUCACCGAAAACCUCCGCAGGGCCCAUGUAUUUGCUAGAAAGGUUCAGUCGGGCCAGGUCUGGAUCAACUGUACCAAUUCCUCGGAUUUCCGUGCUCCUUUCGGUGGUGUUAAGAUGUCUGGCUUUGGCAGAGAGCUUGGUGAGUAUGGUCUCAGCAUGUACACUCAGAGCAAGGCUGUCCAUGUCAAUUUGACCAGAGAUUUGUAG